AUGGCGACGAUGCGGUCUCUCCUCGUCUUCCUGGCUGUGGCGGCGGCGGCGCUGGUUCUCCCUUCCUCGGCGCAGAGCUGCUCGAGCUUGACCCUCUCCAACAGCCGUAACUACUUGCUCUGCAACUCCCUCUCCCGUCUUAGCUCCUCCCUCCACUGGACCUACCACGCGAGCAACGGCACCGUCGAUAUUGCCUACCGGGCGACGCAGAGCACCCCCGGCUGGAUCGCAUGGGGGAUCAACCCCACCACCACGCGGAUGGUCAACACACAGGCCCUCGUCGCCUUCGUGAGCUCCUCCUCCGGCAGCAUCACCGCCUAUCCCACCUCCAUCGACAGCUACCGCCCGUCCAUGCAGAGUGGGAACCUCAGCUUCGCCGUCUCCGGCGUCACCGCCACCAACUCCGACGGCGUGAUGACCAUCUAUGCCACCAUCACCCUCCCCAACAACUCCACGCAGGUGAACCACGUCUGGCAGGCCUCCACCAGCUUCAACGACGACGUCCCCGGCCAGCACUCCCCCUCCGGCGAUAACAUCCUCUCGUACGGCACCCUCAACCUCCUCUCCGGCGAGUCCGCCUCUUCCGCUACCAACAACGUCGCCCGCCGGAGAAACGUAAAUAACCUCUCCCUCUGUCCCUCUUUAUCUGUCUCCAUCUCCCUUCUUCUUCUUCUUCUUCUUCUUCUUCCCUUACUUGCUCCUGCUGACGCCGCCAUGGAUCUAUCUCUGCAGGUGCACGGGGUGCUGAACGCGGUGAGCUGGGGGCUACUGAUGCCACUGGGGGUGAUCAUCGCCCGCUACCUGAGGGUGUUCAAGUCCGCCGACCCCGCCUGGUUCUACCUUCACGUCGGCUGCCAGUGCACCGCCUACAUCCUCGGAGUCGCCGGCUGGGGCACCGGUCUGAAGCUCGGCAGCGACUCCGUCGGCGUGAAGCACACGAAGCACCGCAGCAUCGGCAUCGCCCUCUUCUGCCUCGCCACUCUCCAGGUCCCCGACUUUCCAUUCUGUCAUUCGCCUGCGCCGGAGAAGACGGUGGCGGAGGACUGACCGUUGCGGCGGCGCUGUUGUUGUUGUUGCAGGUGUUCGCGCUGUUCCUGAGGCCGAACAAGGACCACAAGAGGAGGAUCUUCUGGAACGUGUACCACCACGCCGUGGGCUACGCCGUGAUCUCCCUCAGCAUCGUCAACGUGUUCGAGGGCUUCAAGGUCCUGGACAGGGAGAGGAGCUGGAGGAGGGCCUACAUCGCCGUCAUCGCCACGCUCGCCGGAGUCGCCGCCUUCCUGGAGGUGGUCACCUGGGUCGUCGUGCUACGGCGGAGGAGCUGCCACUCCGAAAAGGUCCUGGGCGGCGCCGUUGCCGCCAAUGGGCACCACGGCAGGCAAGGCGCCUGA